UCGUCAUUCAAGUCAACACAUCGAUUUGGUUACGCGAUUUUCUUCUUCCUCGUCGACGUCGCGCUGUUUACUUGACUUUACCAGUUUUCCGUUACCCAUUUCACACGUCGAUUCAGUCCAUCAUUAUGUUUCUCGAAUUCUAAAAGCUCCUUUGAUCGAACUCAAAUCAUCUAAUGCAGAAAUAACUUUUCAGAUCUGGUUUAUCUCUUAUCGAAACCAAUUGAAUAAUGGGCCAAGAAGGUACGCUUUUACUUGAUGGCCAACUUCAGAGAGAGAAGAAGACAAAAAACAGAAUCUUGGGUCUGAUUUUAAGGCCAUUUUAUUGGUUAGGAAAGUUAAGUGAGGAGCUGCACUGGAGCUUCGUGUCAGCUGUGGUAAUUGUGUAUGGAAUAAAUCAGGGAAUGAGUUUAGGUUUGAGCAAGAUUAGUACACAGUAUUAUAUGAAAGAUGAACAGAAGUUACAGCCAUCUGAAGCCCAAAUUUAUUUUGGAAUUAUUCAAUUGCCUUGGGUUGUUAAGCCUCUUUGGGGUCUUUUAACUGACACUCUUCCUAUUUUAGGAUACCGGAGACGACCGUAUUUCAUGCUUGGUGGGCCUCUUAACAUUCAGUGGAGAAUGGGGAAAACUAAAUUUUGUGAAGUCUCCAAAGCAUGGAGGGAAACACUCAAGUGGGCUGAUCUAGUUGCUCUAUGGUCAAAUUAUGUAAAGCCAAGUGUGAAGGAUGAAAUUGAUAAGCACAAAGAACCACAUCUACUCUUUUUGUCAUAUAUGGGGAAUCAAAAGAAAACUAUCCUUUGUGCCUUUUCAUGUUUUUUUUCCAGCUGUGCGGGAGUGGCAAUAGCAGAUGUGACUAUUGAUGCAUGUGUGACAGAGAACAGGAUAAGCCAUCCUUCUCUUGCCAGUGACAUGCAAAGCUUGUGUGGUCUGAGCUCUUCAGUGGGGCAACUGAUAGGGUUCGGAAUCAGUGGUUUUUUGGUUCAUCUAAUUGGAUCCAAGGGAGUGUUUGGAAUUUUAAGCAUCCCUGCUGGUCUGGUCAUUUUGGUAGGAAUGAUGUCACGUGAAACAUAUGUACCCAACGUUGCAUAUAAGCGGGUAAGUCAAAAGUUCUCUGAUGCUGGUAAAGCUAUGUGGAUGGCACUGAAAUGCCAGAGUGUUUGGAGGCCAUGUAUAUACAUGUACGUUUCUCUUGCAUUGAGUUUUCAUAUUCACGAGGGAAUGUUUUACUGGUAUACAGAUGCAAAGGAUGGACCGUCUUUUUCAAAGGAGAUGGUAGGGUCCAUUUCUUCUGUUGGUGCGGUGGGCUCUCUUCUUGGUGUUCUCCUUUACCAGAAUGCCUUUAAAAACCAUCCUUUCCGUAGCGUACUUUUCUGGACUCAGUUACUGUAUGGUGCUUCAGGGCUGGUAGACUUAAUAUUGGUUUCACGUGUAAACUUAAAAUUUGGUAUCCCUGACUAUGUUGUUGUUGUAAGCGAUGCAGCAUUUUCUCAUAUGAUCGGGCGUCUCAAAUGGAUGCCUCUUCUUGUACUCAGUUCAAAGCUUUGCCCCUCAGGCAUUGAAGGAACCUUUUUUGCUUUGCUAAUGUCAAUCGAUCAUAUUGGUAUGCUCACAGCAUCCUGGGGCGGAGGCCUCUUACUUCAUACCUUCAAUGUUACAAGGACACAAUUUGACAACCUUUGGAUAGUGAUAGUGAUCCGGAGCUGUUUAAGAAUCCUUCCAGUUUGCAUUCUUUUUCUAGUACCAAGCAGUGAUCCGAAUGCUUCUAUUCUACCAACUGAGAUGUUGAAGAGUAAAAAGGGUGACGAUAUUGUUGAAAAUCAGAAUAUGGAAGUGGCUUCUCUUGUGAGCAGCCUUGACCAGCAUUUAGCCGAUACAUGAGUGCAAAUCACAAAACUGGAAAAGUGUACUCCAGUUUGAAACUUAUUUUCUCUCCUAUGCCGCUGAAUUUUGAUGCAGCAUGACAGAAAUUAUACAAGAUGGGAUGUACCAGCUUUCUGGUAAAAAGAAGUUGAGCUGACUGACCAUAGUUAUUCAUCCGGCAAGUCUUACGUUUGAUGUAUUCCUCCAUAAUACUUCAGAAAGAAUGACCUCGUGAAAUUAUAUGUACGAGUAGUUGUAGUUCUUGGAAUCUUGUUCAGACAUUGAAAUGUGCUAUAGUACAGUUGGCUCUGGUCUUGCCGUGAUA